AUGGCAGGUUUGAAAUCUCCAACCAUACGCAUAUCAAAAUGGUUAGAUAGUCUUUUAAGACCACUUUUUGAUAAAGUAGNUGGUUUAUGGUAUAAUAAACAUAUAAGACAAAACCAUUAUGAAAGAUUAAGAGUAAAGAACGAAGACGAUGAAGAAGCAGAAUUAGCUCAUCUUUAUUUUUUACCUAAAUCACAUAAACCAAAUACACCAUUAAGGCCUAUCAUGGCAGGUUUGAAAUCUCCAACCAUACGCAUAUCAAAAUGGUUAGAUAGUCUUUUAAGACCACUUUUUGAUAAAGUAGCAAGUGAUACGACAGUAUCAAAUGGACUGGAAUUAUUAAAACAUAUUGAGAGAUGGUCAGGUAGUUACAUGACAACAACCACAUCAUUUAUUACAAUGGAUGUAACUGAUCUCUAUACGAUGAUACCACAAGAAGGAGGAGUUACAGCCAUUAAACGUCUAAUAGAAACUAGUAGAUUAGAACAAAUCGAUGGUAUUAAAAAAGAAAUUAUUCUUGCUCUUACCAGAUUUGUUAUGAAUAAUAACUAUUUCUAUUUGGAUGGGUCAUAUUAUAAACAGAUAAAAGGUGGAGCAAUGGGCUCCCCUCUGACGUUAACAAUAGCUAAUGCAUAUAUGUACUUUGUCGAAAGACCCAUAGCGAAAUGGGCCAAGAGAACAUGCUCAUUAUAUUUUCGGUAUAUUGAUGAUUUGUUCAUAAUGACAAAUGUACAUAGAGAUACAUUGAAUGGUCUGGUACAAUUCUGGAAUAGACUAGAUAAUAAUAUUGAAUUAUCAGAAUCUAUUGGAUUUACCGCCGAGUAUCUAGACGUAAAAAUUGAAAAUAGAGGAGGAAAAUUAGUAUCCGAUGUGUUUCAUAAACUUUCGCAUGAACCGUAUUUUCUCCCUUUUACAAGUAUGGAGAACUUUUCGACUCAAUUCAAUCAAAUCUGGGAAAAUUGCUUUUCAGACACAGCCAUUUGUAACAUAAGACCGAUCGUGGGCACUAAGAAACUACAUAAUCUUCAAGAAUAUCUAGUUAAAAAGAAGCCAGAUCAAUCACUAUUGAAAAUUACGAAUUAA